CCUGUUUACAAAUCAGGAGUCUCAGUAAGCCAGCGUGGUUACGCCAUCACGACAGGCGGUGGCACAUGCGCAAUAGCGAGAUGCUGGAGCGCGGCGUAGGUGGCUGCCGAGUCUCUUCCGGUCUCGGGUCUUAUCUUGGCACUGAGGGCGCCCGACUGGCGCCUUCGGCCGGCUUGGCAUUGGGUGGGCGGCUUCUUGGAACCCACAUGAGCCAGAGGCAUCAUCCCCGCAGUGGCUGGGGCCGGAGACGCGACUUUUCAGGACGCUCCUCAGCCAAGAAGAAGGGCGGAAACCACAUCCCCGAAAGGUGGAAAGACUAUCUCCCAGUUGGACAGCGGAUGCCUGGGACUCGUUUCAUUGCUUUCAAAGUUCCUUUGCAAAAGAGUUUUGAAAAGAAACUUGCUCCAGAAGAAUGCUUUUCCCCUUUGGAUCUUUUUAACAAAAUCCGAGAACAAAAUGAAGAACUUGGACUGAUUAUUGAUUUAACAUAUACUCAACGCUAUUAUAAACCAGAAGAUUUGCCAGAAACUAUUCCUUACUUAAAAAUUUUUACAGUUGGACAUCAAGUGCCUGAUGAUGAGACUAUUUUUAAAUUCAAACACGCUGUUAAUGGGUUUUUGAAAGAAAAUAAAGAUAAUGACAAACUUAUUGGUGUCCAUUGUACCCAUGGUUUAAACAGGACUGGCUACCUCAUUUGCAGAUAUUUGAUUGAUGUAGAAGGCGUGAGGCCAGAUGAUGCAAUUGAAUUAUUCAAUAGGUGCCGGGGACAUUGCUUAGAAAGACAAAACUACAUCGAAGACCUUCAGAAUGGUCCUAUCAGAAAGAAUUGGAAUUCCAGUGUACCCAGGUCAAGUGGUUUUGAAGACUCGGCACAUCUCAUGCAACCAGUCCACAAUAAGCCUGUUAAACAAGGACCUAGGUAUAAUCUACAUCAGAUCCAGGGUCACUCAGCUCCUCGACAUUUCCACACCCAGACCCAAAAUUUGCAACAAUCAGUCAGAAAAUUUUCAGAGAAUCCACAUGUUUACCAGAGACGCCAUCUCCCUCCUCCUGGUCCCCCUGGAGAGGACUAUUCACACAGGAGGUACUCUUGGAAUGUGAAGCCCAAUGCCAGUCAGGCAGCCGAGGAUAGAAGAAGGUGAUAUACCGUCUCACACAGGAACGGAUGAACUUUUAGAGAUUGUCAAUUGAGCAAGAGAGACUGACUGAUAAACCAGAUUGCUGGUUUAUUCAAUUAUAGUGAGUAAUUUACCUGGCAGGGUAAUUGCCGUCAACUGGGUAGAACUAUCCAGAAAACUUGAAAACUUUUAUAAAGGUGGUGAACAGAGUAGAAUAUGUCCAUUUAAAGGUUAUGCAUAUCUGGCAAGACUACUGUGUUAUUGCUCCGUUGUUGAAUAUAACCUCCUGGGAUCUUUCUCCAGUUGCCUCUCCUCUUAAGUGGAGUUGUGGCUUACCUUUUUUUUUUUUUUUUUUGAGACAGGGUCUUGCUCUGUCACCCAGACUGGAGUGCAGUGGUGCCAUCUAGGCUCACUGCAGCCUUCGCCUCCUGGCUCAAGUGAUCCUCCCACCUCAGCUUCCCUAGUAGCUGGGACUGCAGGUGUGGACUACAAUGCCUGGCCAAUUUUUCAUAUUUUUUUUUAUAGAGACCGGGUUUUGCCAUGUUGCCCAGGCUGGUCUCAAACUCCUUAGCUCAAGCGCAUCCACUCACCUCAGCCUCCCAAAGUGUUGAGAUUAUAGCCAUGAGCCACUGUGCCUGGCCUACCUUCACUUUUUCCAAGUUGUCUCUUCUGCUGCUAUACCUGUGGAACCCAUAGACCGAUCAUUGGGGAGGGUAAUUAUUUUUAGUUGCUGAGGAAGCCAGAAACCUUUGAUGGCUCAAAGAUUUUUAAAUUAUUUUUAUUAAUUAAUUAAUUAAUUUUUCAAUUUUUGGUAGAGAUAAGGUCUCACUUUGUUACCCAGAUUGGUCUUGAACUCCUGAGCUCAAGCGAUCCUCCUGCCUUGGCCUCCCAAAGUGCUGGGAUUACAGGCAUGAGCCACCAUGCCCAGCCAUUGGCUUCAUUUUUUAAAGCAUCUGAUUUUGAGGAUUUGUGUCAUUGAAUGUCUGAUGUUGCACGUGAUAGUUAUUUUCUCUUCUCUCAUCUAUGAACAACAUCUGGACCCUGAUCUUAAGGAGCUACUGUAGCUCAGCUGUUCUUGGCUGUACCUGAUUAGCUCAGUCAGGUUGCUGUUGUAGAACCCCAAAAGUUAGGUUCAUGUACCUGGUGCACAGUAAGCCAAACACUGACAUAUUAAUGCUUAGAAAGGUUUAUUCAAUUUGGCCAAAGUAUGAGGGCGGGAGAAGCAGAUUCUCAAAUAUGACCUUCCUUUGCACGUAAUUGGGGGCUUUCCCUGAUGAUCAAAGCUGCUCGUGUCCCUUGGCCAGUCAAACUUCUGGAUGCCAUCAAGGAGGUCAGUGUGACCUAAGGAUCAUUGUUCUUUAAAAGAAAAACAAGUACAUUAAUCUUGCAAGCAGCCCCUGGGGGUUAGGAUAUACAGUUAAUCACUUGUUAGUGACCACCCUCUACCAAAAUGACUAUGUGCAAGCAAUCCUGCCUGGAGGAAGCUAAGGACAGAGAAAGAAAAAUAAGUAAAAUAAACACCUGAUGAUUUUUAUAAUA